AUGUUAAUUUUGUGGCAAGUUGAAGCCGUGCCACGCUAUCCAUUGAAUAUGUGUUUGACUGAUUCGCAUCAGUAUGUAUUUUUUCUUCUAUGUUUUGUCUCUAAUGAUCAACAUGGCCACUUUCAAGAAUAUGCACCGGCUCAUGAAUUAAUUUCAUGCUGUCUGUGGUUACCAGAAAGCAGCUUUCUGACCCAGGACUCUGGUUUUAGCAAUACAUGGGAUUCGAGUUUUACUUUUGCUCAACUGAACAAGGAAGAUAUCCAAAGCGAGCAAUUAGUUUCUUGGUCAGCUUCAAUUGAUUUUGCUGAACAGUAUGAAAUGUUUUUGAGUAAAAUUUUAUCAUUAUCAGCUUCAUUUGAAUCAAAAAAUGUAUUUUACAAUUGUACAUCACCAUGGUUUGGUCCUCGCUGGUGUUUUUCUCGUGAUCUACCGCUUGACAUUUUAUUGAGAGGCUUUGCCAACUUCAUAUAUCAAUCAAAAUCAGAAAUCGAGCAUUAUAUUAAAGUAACAUGUGAUGAACAUCUCAAAUGCCAUACAAUUCUUCCCUUAUGUUUGGGUUGGCAUGAGAUUUGUGACGAAAAAGUAGACUGUUUGAAUGGGUCAGAUGAAUUCGAUUGUUUUCAACUCGAGAUGAAUGAAUGUCUUUCAACUGAAUAUCGAUGCCAUAAUGGUCAAUGCAUUCCAAUAGAAUUCUUUCACGAUUUAACUACUGAACUCGAGUGUUUAGAUGGAACCGAUGAAUCUAUUGGGAAUCAGAAUUUUGGCAGUUAUCGAACAGAUCCCUGUUUCCAUUAUGAAGAGCACACUUGCGCACUAGGAUGGUACGGUUUUCCAUGA